GUUUUUUUUUUUCCCCAAGCGGCGGAAGUGCGGGGGGAGGUGGGUUUGGAAUGGCUGCCGCCGCCGCCGCCGCCGCCGCUGUCCCGCCUGAGGAGGCCUCGGAGGCCAGGCGACAAGGCCCCAAGCGUAAGAUGUAGUGGGUGGGGCCUCUGGUCACGUGGUUCCAAGGGGGGAGGGGCUUUCCCUACCGUCACCUCAGCAAGGUGUGUGUGAGGGGACUCCAUGCACCGAGACGGACCCAUUGGGCCCACCUACCUCAGUACUGCCUGCACGGGCUGGCAGCAGUGGUGCUGAUAAUGCCCAGCUCGCGGGUUCAGUCCUAUGCCCUUUUAAAAUGUGUGGGGUUUUUUUGGGGGGGGGGCUAUUGGGUUGUUUUUAUUUAUAUUAUUAUUGCUUUUAUUCUGUCAACUGCGCUGAGACCCCCAGGUAUAGGGCGGUAUAUAAAUUCAAUUAAUAAUAAUAAUAAUCCCCGCAAAUUCUUGCGUUGCAAGGACUUGGACUAGAUGAUCCUUAGGGUCCCUUCCAACACCACAACACACACACACAUACAUACAUAUAUACACAUAUAUACACACACAGAGAGAGAGAGAGAGAGAGGGAAUCUCUCCCAGCCUUGCCUGGAUCAUGCAAUAAUUUUUUAAAAAAUGCGUUUAUAUCCCACCUUUUUCCCCCUCCACAGGACAUAAAGUGGUGUUUGUUGUUCUCUCGUCACUUCACUUAACCCCCCCACCCCCACCCACAACAACCAACCUGUGAGGGGUAGGCCUGCGCAGUGUAUUGAUACAUCGCCCAGGACCGGUUUGAGGGUGUGAUGUUAUAUCCCCCAGUGUUAUAUCCUGUGCAGCUUUCAGGCUGUUGCCCAGAUGGAGGCUGCAAACCAAUCAAGUCUGCUUGAUGUUGUUGGUACAGUGCUACAUGUCAAGGAUUUUGCGUCAGCGGAUAUAGCUGGUAAGCAGCUAACCUCUUGUUUCCCUGUUUUCUUUUAUUAAAAAAUCUGAACAGAGGAUCCUGCUGUUGAAACAGCAGAAGAAGCAACAGAACCAGCCGAGGCAGAUAUCAAUGAACUUUGCAAGGAUAUGUUCAACAAAAUGGCCAUUUACCUAACAGGUGAACUGACAGGUAAGUUUGUAUUAAAUAUAACACAUUGCAAUAUCAUCGGGGUGUUUCUAUGCCAGAGAGGCCUGCUGAGUCCUGUGGGGCUUGCUUCCAAGUGAGAACGUCCAGAGCAUGGGUAGGCAAACUAAGGCCCAGGGGCCGGAUGCUGCCAAAUCACCUUCUAAAUCCGGCCCGCAGAUGGUCUGGGAAUCAGCAUGUUUUUACAUGAGUAGAAUGUGUCCUUUUAUUUAAAAUGCACUUCUGGGUUAUUUGUGGGACCUGCCUGGUGUUUUUACAUGAGAAGAAUGUGUGCUUUUAUUUAAAAUGCAUCUCUGGGUUAUUUGUGGUGCAUAGGAAUUCGUUCAUUUUUUCUCUUUCAAAAUAUAGUCCGGCCCCCCCCACAAGGUCUGAGGGACAGUGGACCAGCCCCCUGCUGAAAAAGUUUGCUGACCCCUGCUCCAGAGUCUUGUGUCUUCUACCUCCCCCAAGUAGAAUCAGAAUUUCUUAAGAAAAUUCUCAAAACCAAGCCACAUAUACCAGCUCAGCUCUUAAGAUUCCCACGUUUUCCAGCAAUGUCACUGUAUCACACAAAGGAGUAAAGUUGAUCCAUGUAGCAUGGCUUUGCUAGGAAACUCCCAGAAAGUUGCUGUUCUGCUUGUGCAACAGACUUCUGCUUGCACAAUGGAACUUUCCCGUCCUCUCCCCUAAGGCCUCUCAUACCCUCAGUAUAUGUUCCAGAGGUUGAGAGUCCUUUCCUUGAGCAGAUGGGGGAUGUGCAGAGAGAGGAGUAAAAGGUGAAGUCCCAUUGCAUGAGCAGAAUACAGUACUACUUGCACAGUGCUGGAUGCAACACACUUUUAAUUUUCUUCUGGGUCCGCAUGAGUCAUGAAUGCAUGUCUGAGGGAUUGCAGUGAAAAAAGAGACCUUUACUAUCAUUCCUAAAUCAUAAAUAUGCUGAAAUAUGCAUGGGUGUCAGGCAUCCAUAUAGAGUUAUUUUGCUCAUACCUUUGCUUGUGCGGUGAAACAAGGUAGGCAGCCACGGUUUACAUAUCUGGUUACAUUUCAGCUGAGACCCUUUACUCAAUGGCUUCCAAACUGAAAAUAAAACCAAUUAGUUUCUGGAUUUUGUCUUGUUUGGAAGCCAUUCACUAUAAGCGGAAGCUGUAAUUAACUGUGGCUUCCUGACUUGUUCUCUCAAUUGCACAAAGGGAGGGAUGAAGCAGAAGCAAAGGGAGUAUAAAGCUUGUUAUCAUCGUGGUUUAUUAAGCUGAAAUUUGAUUGAGCAUGGCCGUAGAGUAGGAAUCCAGCUCCCUGCUGAUGCUACCCUUGCGCUGUACAGUUCCCUGAUAGAGGCAGAGGUUAGAUAACCACAGAACAAAGGAGUGUUCACCUUCUUUUGAGGCAGUUUGUUAACAGCUGGUGCCACCAAGGAGCUCUUCUUGGUGUUUAAUCUAAACCUCCCCUUCUCGUUACUUGAAUCCACUGGUUUAGGUCCUACUGUCCCAAGCAACAGACAACAAAUUUGCUCAAUCAAAUUUGAUCUGAGGUUUAAAUUCCAUGUUUAAAGUAGUCAGAAGAGUGGUCAACUUGAGAGAGGGGUGAGCCUGUUGUGCUCCUCCAUUGAAUUUUAACUGAGGUUAAAAUGGCAUAUUGUAAAUAAUUUACAUUUUUAAGGCUGUGUCUUUCCCCCCCUCCCCUCCCCUCUUCUCUUUCUCUCCUUCAUUUUAAAGCCACUAGUGAAGAUUACAAACUCCUGGAAAACAUGAACAAACUGACUAGUUUGAAGUACCUGGAAAUGAAAGAUAUUGCAAUAAACAUAAGUCGAAACCUCAAAGAUUUGAAUCAGAAAUGUAAGUAGAGAGAUACUUUCAUUUGCGUCUUGUAACAUGUUUGGAUUAUAGGUUGGAUCUAUGUCCAGUCACAGGGUGUAGUAUAGAAAUAUAAUAAAUAAUAAUAAUUCAGAUAAGACCAUGUGCCACCAGAGAACUUUUGCAGAGGGGAAACUUGCAGCAAUUAAUUAGUGAAAUGUUUGCACAGGCGGUCCUCUCUGAAUGCAAAACGUGCAGUGAAGUUGCUAAGUAUUGUCCUGAAUGGGUGGGCACGAUGGAUGUUGGAGUCAUAUUGGGGUGGGAAGCAGGUAAGAGUUUAUUUAAAAGUCUUUCGGCAGAAGCAAAAGUUAAAAGUGGGCUUAAAUGUUAGUGGAAUGUAAGAGUUAUGGGGGAGGGGACUGUACUUGGCAAUAACAUCCCAGUGUUAUUAGAAUGAGUGAGUCUAGGAAGCUGGAGCAAUAUCAGAAAGUGUCUGUUGACAAGGGGAGGUAUUUGGGGAUUAAACUUCCUUCAUUGAGCUUGUGCUUUCCAAGCAAAAUUCUUUUUUCUUUUAAACCCAAAAAUUUUUGGUUAGAUUUUUGUUGCCUUGUGUGAUGUACUUUUAAUGUAUGUUGUGCUUUUAUUUUGAAAUAUACUACAUGGCAGUGGCUUGCAAGGGCAAUGUGGGGGGCUUCCUUGGCUUUGGGAAGGAGGUGGCAGACCCUGUUGCCUCCUUCCCAAAGCCUGCUUGCCUGGCUUUGGGAAGAUGGCAGAAGGGCUCUUGGACCUGUCAGAGCAUCCUCCCUCCCUAAGCCGGCCAGCUCCUUCCCAAAGCCUGGCAGACUUUGGUUAGUUUAUGGUGGUUUAAGUGGGGCAUUUUAAAGUGUUACCUGCUUCAGACUCUUACAGUGGCGCUUAAAAUCUAAACAAAUUUUGUCGUGGGAUCAUUGAGUGACAGGUUGUGUAGACCUGUAUUAUGUGUUAGUUGUUGUGCUGUAAAAUUACAGUGGUACCUCGGGUUACAUACGCUUCAGGUUACAGACUCCCCUAACCCAGAAAUAGUACCUCGGGUUAAGAACUUUGCUUCAGGAUGAGAACAGAAAUUGCGCGGUGGCAGCAGCGGGAGGCCCCAUUAGCUAAAGUGGUGCUUCAGGUUAAGAACAGUUUCAGGUUAAGAACGGACCUCCGGAACGAAUUAAGUACGUAACCAGAGGUACCACUGUAUAUGUAAUAUGAAGGAAAGGGGGUACAGGGAGAAUUUUCUGCAGAGUGGAAGGAAAGGGGGACCUUUCUCUGCCUUCCCACUUCCAGCCACUCUCUGAAGACUGGAGAAUUGGCCCACAGAAGAAUAUUAGGAGGGUGGGCAGGGGAAGUGUGGCUUAAUUUUUUUCAGUCUUCAGAUGAGGAUGAGACCAUAUGAAAAAUGAACAUAAGAUUUUAGCUGCAGUUCGUUCAUUUUCAGCUUUGUAAUCUUGUUAUAAAGAGUCCAAAUUGUUGUAAUGGAUGCACUUUUUGCCGCUGAGCAUUGCAUUCAGCGCCAGCAAAUACUUUUUUGUUUCAAGGUUUUGAAAAUUGAGGUGUGCAUUAGAUUUGAUGGCGCAUUAGACUCGAGUAAAUACGGCAUUGAAAAGGAUUUUGGGUGACCAUACUGGGGAGGCCUGGAGAGCCUUUUCCCAUCAGAGUAGACAAUAAUCACCUACCUGGGCUCAGCUGCAUAAUCCUUCCAUUCUUAUUUUUCUUUUCCAGUUUGACAGUUUUGAAAAUAUACCAACUUCUGGCCACAAAUCUAGUGACUGAAGAGGUGACACAAGUGGUACACCUUCAGUGAGUCAGCAACUAAUCCUUAUUGUUUUUUCCCCGCCCUCACCUCUCACUUCCUCCAAGAUGCCGGACUUCAGCCGUAUCUGGAGCAAAUCAAUCUGAUUGAAGAGCAGGUGGCCGCAUUGGAACAGGCCGCAUACAAGCUAGAUGCAUAUUCAAAGAAACUUGGUAAGUACUUGUGACAUUGCUAGAAAGUAUACAGAAAUGGUGCCUAUUUUACCCCUUUUCCACAAGGAGGGGGGUUGCAUCCCCUCCAUGAACCUUGACAAGUUUUUUACCCUUUUGGAACGUGACAUAUCUGUGGAGGUUGCUGUUGUGCACUAAUGGAUUUCCAGGGCACCCCACUCAGGUUUCUUAAAGAAACACAGGGCAUGACUGACACUACAAAGUGGUAAAAUGUACCCUGAAUCACAUUAUCGCAAUAGCCAGAAUACUCCAUCUGUGGAGAACUUUUUGAAAUUGAAAGAGGUGAGUGGACCCCGGGCAAUGUGCUAGCCACUGAAAACAGCUUCUGGAUGUUCAGUCUCUGUCGAAGUGUCACUACAUGAGGCUGUGACAUAGGUCCUGGGUUCAUAACUGAAAGGGAGUUUGCUCUCCCUAAUGGCUGUGUGUUUGUCUUCCGCAGAAGCAAAGUACAAAAAGCUGGAGAAACGGUGAAAGAAGCGCGUUGCAUUACAGGACUUUUCUUCGAGAAUACAUGACUUUCUCCUCUGAAGAAAACUGGACUUUACGAAACUUGUGCUACAAAACUACCAUUGGAGAGAGUCAUGUGGGCACUCUAGGGAACAGUGUUGCGCCCCCUUUGUUUGAGGCUGAGACAUCUUCCCCUUCUUGUAGAAUCUGUUGCUCUUUACUAUUUUUGUCCCUCGUUUUACAGAAAACUAUCAGUAGAAGCUGCUGUUAAUGGCUUCAGCCAGGGCCCUGCAGUAGCUUAACUGGGCAGUUCUGUACCUCCUUCCCUAUUGAGCAAGUCCCUUCUGUGCUCUGAAAAUUGCUUCAUUUGUGAACGUGGAAGUUUCCAAUAUGCCGUGUUGGCAGGUGACGUGGUGUGGCCUUGCAGCAAAGCAUCUUCUCUUGCCGUGCUUUUUUGAGAAAUAAACACCUGGAAAUUAAGGCGGCCCUUUUCUUACUCUUUUUCGGGGGGACAGAGUUAUCUUCCGCUUCAUCCAGUGUGGCAUGAGGGCUGACUCUCAGAACUACGCAUGCGGCUCCUCCAGACUGCUGUUUCUUUGGAGCCUGGUUAGAUACAGUUUGCAUGGAGAGAACUGGCUGUAGCUUGAGUCUGCCUGACUCAACAAUUUUUCAACAUGGACAACUGGGACAGGAGUAGGUUGCAAUCCGUAGCUUCCGCAUGUGGGUACCAGCUUGAUACAGAAGUGGAGAAUAUGUUAUGAAGAACUGGAUGGGAAGAUGGGGCAAUGGGUCAGUAGGGGUCAUGUGAUCAGGAGAGGAAAGAGCGAUGACAUGAAUUAAUUAAAUUAACACUAUGCUUUCAUUGUGCCAAGGCUAUAUAUGUCUAGAAUUUUGUGUUUGAAAUCUACAUUGGUGUUGUUGUUUAGUCGUUCAGUCGUGUCCGACUCUUCGUGACCCCAUGGACCAGAGCACACCAUCUACAUUGGUACGCUCAACAUAAUUCUAAGUUUAGAAGAACUCUAGAUUUUGUCAUCAUACAUCGAGACUAGUAUCCUAGCAUGAUUUCUCAGGCCUGGAUACAAUCUAGUAAUAAUGAGCCCCUCUCCUCGUUCACAGUCCCACGCUUGCUUUGGAAAAUUGGUGUAGUUUUUUUCUAAUCAUGUCUCGUAGCUUCCUCUGUGGUUGCCACAGCUAUGUUUAUUGGCAGAAGUGGCACUGUGGCAUCAAUGAAUGCUGAUUAUAUAGGAAUGCACUGGCAAAUACCUUCCCUGGAAUCUCAAUUGCCAGUUCUUCUACAAAGGCUGGAGUCUAGAAGUCUAACUCAAGGUCUUCCCCUAUAUCAGGGAUGUCCAACAGGUCGAUCGCGAUCUACUGGUAGAUCCCCAUGAGGUUUUGGUAGAUCACAGUCGAUCUCCAGCUCCCUUUCCUUAGCGUCACUAAAACUGACUCCUACCAUGCCCCCCGGUCCGCCCUCUAUUGUUGGAUGAGUCUCAAUUAUGGCACUUGUCUCUCCUGAGAAUAUGCCAAGCCUGUGCAACAAAUAUUUUGGGGAGAGACAUGGUUGAUAACUAUCUAGUUUGAGAGGGCCUCUUACUAUGAAGAGGCAGCUAUACAUAACUUACAUAACUACUCAUAAGUAGCCUCAUUACCUUAAUGAGGGCUGUGAGGGUUUUUCAGCUGGUCUACAAAUUUCCAGUGGUUAAAGAUUUCUAUCUGCAACAUGCAGCUAAAAGAUUCUGAGACUCUCUGCUGCUAAGCUCCUGCAUUAACAAUCUCAACAAUUUGGGAGUGGACGGCUCUUAAGAACAGUUUUGGGGGAGGAUUUGCUGCCUCGACUAGUUUCUGACCCAGUUGUUGUUUAGUUGUGUCCGAUUCUUUGUGACCCCAUGGAUCAGAGCACACCAGGCACUCUUGUCUUCCACUGCCUCCCGCAGUUUGGUCAAACUCAUGCUGGUAGCUUCGAGAACACUGUCGUCCCCUUCUCCUUGUGCCCUCCAUCUUUCCCAACAUCAGGGUCUUUUCCAGGGAGUCUUCUCAUGAGGUGGCCAAAGUAUUGGAGCCUCAGCUUCACGAUCUGCCCUUCCAGUGAGCACUCAGGGCUGAUUUCCUUAAGAAUGGAGAGGUUUGAUCUUGCAGUUCAUGGGACUCUCAAGAGUCUCCUCCAGCACCAUAAUUCAAAAGCAUCAAUUCUUUGGCAAUCAGCCUUCUUUAUGGUCCAGCUCUCACUUCCAUACAUCACUACUGGGAAAAUCAUAGCUUUAACUAUACGGACCUUUGUCCGACCCAGUUAGCAUAAAGCAACUUCCUGUUUUCCUAAUGAUUUUUCCACCUGGCUCUGCAAUGCUGACGUUCUGUGGCACCAGCUCUCCAUUGUUUCAGACAGGAUUCACCCACCCACUCACAAGGUACCAGGAACUGAAUGCAAAUGAAAGGUUCUCCCUACUUCAUUCCAGUCUGCCUCAGGGUAGCAUCCGACUUCUCCAUUUUUUGUAUUAAUUUUGCUCAACAACAAUGUAAGAAUUCGGUAUAAUGUGAAAAUUCUGGUGAUACAAUAAUUUCCCAUAGUAAGUGAAAUAAUGCACAAGCAUCUUUAAUUUUUAAACAACUCUUUAUAUAAAAGCCAAAACUUGAUAUUUCCAGUAUUACAGUCAUUGUUCCACAAGAUACAAAAAUGUUAAAUGGAGGAACACUCCCAGAAAUGUUAUUUUUUAAAAAAAACACAAAUCCUAAUUUUUAAAUGGUGGUGACUCAAAUGUACACUGGUGAAUUUCAGCUUAGCCCCUUAGCAAUACUGAAUAGUGAUGUGAUCCAGACUGAGCUUUCCUUUGAAGUGUACUUCCAAUUGUCCCCCAAUUCUUAUAGACAUUUUCUUAUACCCACCCGGGGCUGUCUGGGUGGCUUUCUGAUAUAGGAGCCCCACAGAAUUUCAGCUUUGUGAGUUAUUUAUAUCGACAACCUAUCUUGAUGCUAUGGGUGGUAAUGUUUGUCACUAGCUAGGACCACUUGUAGAAAUAAUUCAAUUAACCCUGCUCAAUGGUAGCCUGUUACUACAAGGUAACAUUUGUGGAUCACAGAGAUUGUUGACAAAGUGCCCGUGAUUCGGACGUUCCUUGCAGUCAAGGUGUCAUGUUUUAUUUGUGCGCCGAUUUUCAGCUUUCUGGACAAUAUCUUAACAGCCAUUUCCCUAAUUCAAAUACCUGCCUUUUUAUCCCUUGGAGGUUAAUCUCAACUUUUUCCAGGGAGUGAAGAUUCAGUUAGAAGAAAUGGUGCAAUUGGAAAACAGUAAUCUUUCUCCUCUGAGCACCAUUCCAAACUGCUGUGGCUCCUUUAAAGCAGAGUAAAAGAUGUUGGAAUCUUAGCGUGAAUGUGCAGUCUGCAUAUGUGAAAACACAUCUUGUGACUCCCGAGGAAUGGCGAACCUCGAAUGCAAAACUUGGGUCAAGAAGGGUUAGCUACCCCCAAUAUAUAGUUUGGCCAAUUGCACAUUAUAUAGUCUAUCUUAGCAAUUUCUCUACAGGCUUUUCUGUACAUGCAGUCAACAUAAAUCUGUACAGGAAAUCUUUUCCUGAUUUUUUUGGUGAAGCACCUUGUAUUACAGGGUGUGGAAUAUAGGCUAGGCACCUUUUCACUCCUCAAGUCGCAUCUAGUUUGAUCCUCAAAAUUAAACAUACUAUAUAUCGUUCUUUAAAUAUAUUUAUGAAAAUGUAUCAUCUUCUAUACAAUAUAAAAAGAAGAGGAGG